AUGACCAGCACCAUGGACAGCUGCGAAGAGGCCAAAGCUCUGAACGGCAGCGCGACCCAGGCCCCCGCAAAGGAGAGCAUGCAGCUGAAGAAGGAAAUCUCCCUCCUCAAUGGAAUCAGCCUCAUCGUGGGCAACAUGAUCGGCUCGGGCAUCUUCGUCUCGCCCAAAGGGGUCCUGAUUUACAGCGCCUCCUACGGACUGUCCCUGGUCAUAUGGGCCAUCGGAGGAAUCUUCUCAGUGUUUGGGGCGCUGUGUUACGCCGAACUGGGCACCACCAUCACCAAGUCCGGGGCCUCCUAUGCAUACAUUCUCGAGUCGUUUGGCGGUUUUAUAGCUUUCAUCAGAUUGUGGACGUCGUUGUUGAUCAUCGAGCCCACCAGCCAAGCGGUCAUAGCCAUAACGUUUGCAAACUACCUGGUACAGCCGCUCUUCCCCACGUGCGAGCCCCCCUAUGUGGCCUCCAGGCUGAUUGCCGCAGCUUGUAUAUGCUUGCUCACGUUUAUAAACGCGGCCUACGUAAAAUGGGGAACCAGAGUCCAGGAUAUUUUCACUUAUGCUAAAGUGGCUGCACUUAUCGUCAUCAUAGUCACUGGAAUAGUUAAGCUGUGUCAAGGCUACACAAGGAAUCUAGAGUCGUCUUUCGAAGGCUCGUCCACGGACCCAGGACACAUCGCACUGGCACUUUAUUCUGCACUUUUCUCCUACUCUGGCUGGGACACACUCAACUUUGUCACAGAAGAGAUUAAAAACCCAGAAAGAAAUCUACCUCUGGCCAUCGCCAUCUCGAUGCCCAUCGUGACCACCAUUUAUAUCCUCACAAACAUUGCCUACUAUGCAGUCUUGGACAUCAGUGCAAUCCUGGCCAGUGAUGCGGUGGCAGUGACUUUUGCUGACCACACGCUGGGGGUCAUGAGCUGGAUCAUCCCCAUAGCUGUGGCGCUGUCGUGUUACGGAGGCCUGAACGCUUCCAUCAUCGCCGCCUCCAGGUUGUUCUUCGUGGGCUCUCGUGAAGGACAUCUGCCCGACGCCUUGUCCAUGAUCCACAUACAACGGUUCACUCCAAUCCCAGCUCUCAUCUUUAAUUGCGUCAUGGCCCUGGUCUACCUCACUGUGGAGGACGUCUUCCAGCUCAUCAACUACUACAGCUUCAGUUACUGGUUCUUCAUGGGUCUGUCUAUCGCGGGACAGAUCUACCUCCGCAGGAAAGAGCCCGACCGGCCCAGGCCUCUCAAGCUGACCCUGUUUUACCCGGUGGUGUUCUGCAUGUGCUCGCUGUUCCUGGUGGCGGUGCCUCUGUACAGCGACACUCUGAACUCUCUGAUCGGCAUCGCCAUCGCGCUGUCAGGAGUGCCUGUCUACUUCCUCGGAGUCUAUCUCCCAGAGACCAAGAGGCCGCCUGUCAUCACCAAGCUGCUGCGUUCACUGACCCACUUCACGCAGUACACCUGUCUGUGUGUUCUGACAGAGAUGGACAAGAGCGACUAG